ACUUAAUUCGCUAUGAAAAGGACUUGAUGAUACCCUACACUUCUGUAUGAUUCUUGAGGAAUUGUCGCGUCUUUAAUACGCCGAAUUGGACGAUGCACCAAGGAACUUUGCGAGUGGCGUGUAGCGCAUCCUGAUUGUCUGUCAAUGUUGCUAAAUGACUAAACAUGCAGAUGGCACGGUUGGUUUUUGGAGGUCUCGCUGCCACAUGUGGAACAUGCGUGCGUUGCUAGGCGAAGCGUCCUGGCAUCGAUUAAACAAUCGCGAAAUUUGCAUUUGAUAACGCCAGGCCAGACGCAGGAAAAAAGGACGCGAGGCGAAUGCGUGCCUGGGAGACACAAUAAUUAAAAAGCGAUUUACGAAGGGGCAGGCGAUUGGUUCCGUGCUGGAACGGGAGUGAGAGGGAAAGAGGGGAGCAAGGUGGCCGCGUUCGCGCGACGGGGCAACUCCGAAAAUGAGCACGACACCAAAAUGGUACUGCCGCAACAAAUCGCAGCCGAUGCACACGUUCGCGGAAAUUGGGAACCUUGGCCUGGAGCUGCGACGCAUUACCAAGCGGAUUGUGAUCGAUGUCAACUCGGCCAUCUUCAGUGAGCAUGAUACCAUUCUGGAGGAGUGCGAGCAGGUGGUGGAACUUUACUGGAGCCUCAAGGAUGAGACCAAGAAUGCAGACUUCCAGUCGCUAUCGAAGAAGAUCAAACGGAGUCCCUACAAUGCUCUCCUCAUGCGCAAGUUCAAUUUGAUCAUGGAGCUCAACGACAGGCGCUUCUGCCAGUUGACUUUUGUGCUCAAACGAACAUUGAGUCUGCUACUGCGCAAGUCGAUGCAGUCCGAGAUGUGGCUCAACUGGGCUCUCCACAUCACCCAGCUAUACAAUCGCUGCCGAAGUUUGAACUCUAUUCAGGGUCAAGAACAGGCAAAGACUCCUUUGCAGCCAGAGCAGGAGGUACAGCCUGAGGGAGAAGAGAAGGAGCCGAAGCUGAGCGGAAAGUGCAAGGAGGAGAUGCAUGCCAAUGUGUGCAGCAACAUGUAUCCAGCUCUGCUCAUGUCCCUUAAGAACAUUGACUUUGGCUUUGUGCUUCAGUACGUGGCUCAGACGCGCGUGGAACAGAAUGCGCUUGAUCUGGUCUUUGGCUUAUUCAACAUGGGUGAGCAGGAUGCCUGGCGAGAGCAUCAACAGCAGCAACAGAACAACGAGUCCACAUCCUCUAGCCUCGAGAUCCUACGCACUUUAAACAUUUCCUUUGCCGCUGGAGAUUAUCAACCCUACGCUGACUCGACCCAGGAUUACAAUGCUUUGCAACUGCCGAGCACAAGUGGAGCAGGAGUAUCUGCGGGAGCAGAGUCCAGAGUUGAGGGUCAAGACCACCAGAGUCUGCGCUGUAAGCACACUGAGAGCUUUCUCCAAAAAGAGCGCAUCUUCAUUGCGCAGCUUAUAGCCAAGGCCACGGAAAUAUGUCCAACCAUAUUCGACACUCGCAAGGCAGGUGAGGUGGACAUGAAUGCCUACAUUGUACGCGGAUUGCGUUUGCUGUGGUCCUAUGUGGGAAUUAUACUAGACCACAUACUUCUCUGGUGGAUUGACACGCCCAUGUCCUGCUACAAUCUCACCCACAUCGACUCUAUACGCUGUUGGCUUUAUCAUCAGAAUGUUAAUGAUAUUCCCGAGCCUGUAUUUUCCACGCUGCGUGGCAUUGGCGAAAUCCUUACUGGAUUCAUGUGCAAUAACAUUUGGGAUCAGCUCUUUCGCCUGACCCUCAUAUCGUCCAGUAAUCCCAGUCGUCUUGUUCAGCAGGUUGUCGAGCAGUAUCGCGAUGCACCGAACAAUGAACACGGCACUCCCACAGGCACUGUAUGGAUCAGUGUGUUCUCGAACCUAGUUAACCUGAGUAAUCAGUACUUCUCCAACACCGACGCGCACAACAACUCUAGCUUGUUGCCGGUGGCCGAACAGAUUCCCAUUCUCCAUAGGCUAGAUCAUUCGGUGCACUCGAUGAGAUUGUGGGUCACCGAGCAAGCAAAGCUGCUGUGCUGCGAGUGGAAGAUGGAUCGUUUCUUUCAGAUACUGGAACACGAUGUCAAGCUCUGCCUGAGUGUCUUCAAUACCUUCAAACUGCCCAAACUCACUGCCGAUUUGAGUGACAUCCUGAUGCUUGUGUGCGUUGCGCUGCGCACCAAGCUGAUCACCGAGUCCACCAACAACAUCGAUCUGCUCAAGAAAACUACCGACGAAUGUGUUCAGAUAUUAUCGGCGGUCUGCCGCAUCCUCAGCCUGGCCAAUUUUACGCUCUGCUUCCCAGCUGCCAGCCACUGGCAACGAAGUGUCUACAACGACGAGGAGAAGAGCUUGUAUGUGGGCUAUGUGCUGGACGAAAUCUUUCUGCCCAGCAUACGUGCCACCAAGGACAUUGUCAUACUCAAGCUCAUACUGAAGCUCAUCUGCGAGGCGUGGCUGGAUUUUAUUUACCAAAAGCGCAUUCGCUUCAGUGUCAAUGGUGCACUGCGUCUGCUCAACGACUUUGACGAUGUGCGGGAAUGGAUACUUGCCUGCACGCUGCUCGACGAGCAGCAAUUGGAGAAGCUGAGCAAUCACGAAGUGCUGCGAAUGUGCAAAGGUGUUGGCAAGAUUCUGCUGCGGAAGCCGGAGGACAUCAUCUCCAUCACACAGUCGCCGAAGUUCGACAAGAAGUCAGAGGAUGCGAAUGCCCAGGACACGCAGCUGCCAUCGGAAAUGUUUGUCUCCAACCAGAAGCACUGGCUCCAGCUGCGUGCCAACGGCGGCAACGGAUUCCCACUGCUCAAGCUCUGCUGCGGCGACAGCAUGAUGUGAGGCAGAGAGAGGCAGCACA